AUGCCGUCCGGUGGAGUGGUGGGACUUUCCACUAUAUCCGAUUCCGUCUCGCCUCUGGCCGUGUGCCAGCGACUUUUGCCUACAUCGUUUCCCGCUCGCUGCUUUUGGUGGUCUACUAACGUCUUAGGUCCAAGCCGUGAUCACAUACCGCAAGGCAUAGACGAGGCUCAGGCCAAUCGUGAUAAGGAUCCCGAUGGCGUCGAGAAUAGAGAGGAUGACGUGACUUUGCCAGACUCCAGCGACUGCGAUACAGAGACCAUCGAGCCCAACAUCUCUUAUCAGAAUAAUGCUGUUACGUGGAAGGAUGAUACCAACCAAACUCAGCAUGCUGAUGGCAUCCAUCUCGAUAUCUACCUCGACACUUUGACCAACACGUCUCUUUUCAAGCUCUAUUGCAACAUUCACCACAAAGGCAGUAAAGCCAAAGGCCAGAAACACACCAUCUUUUUGUUCAUACAUCCCGAAUCAGUGCGAGCUAUUACGUUGGAUAGUGGGAGAUCCGCAGGGCCGAGCUCCUCCAAAGCCAGUCGCCAGACUUUGUUCUUUUCCAUCACACAACAACCAUCUCUCAUUAUUCCCAAAGGCUAUGUUCUAGAGUCGAAGCAGAGAAGCAAAGGUCUACUGAACGCAGUGCUCUCCUUGGCCAACGUGACUGAAUUCACCGUCCAUCUCAACAGUUCCAACAUAACCAUACCCAAACAGGCGCGGCUGGAGUUGGUCACCCGAUUCUUCUCACCAAGUUCCGCUUAUAACCGGCCUUUGACGAACAAAAGAUGUUCCAAUCUAGAGUCAUUGUAUGGCGGCAGAGGAGGCGAAGUUGCUAAUCUAAGCAGGCAUGUGGGAAAGGCACCUAUGCAGGCUGAUCUUCCCCCAUCCUACGACGAACCACAAAGUGGAAAAGUUUCUAAUAAACGCCGACGUAUUGAUUCUGAUGUUACGAACGACAAAUCUCCUGCAAUUCAUGAUGAUCUGUUUAAAUCCAUCCGCAGCCAUCUCGAUGGUAUAGAGAGUCGCAUUUGCACUCAUAUCGAGGGCAUGGAGGGUCGAAUUAACAAUCGCCUCGACAGUAUCGAGGAUCGUUUGAAGCAACUCGAAGACAAGGUCUCGGAUGCAUUAGACGUUGAUCGUGAUCAAUACAUUCUAGAGGAAAUUGGUGAACAACUGGAUGAUUGCAUAACAGGUGUAAAAAUUGAAUCCGAGGAGCUGUUCAAAGCCAUUGAUGACCGAGCAGACAUGACAAUAGAGCGAUUAGAACAAGAGGUGAACGAGAGAAUCGAUCAGCUGGGAGAAGAGGUCAAGGACAGCACAGCGGAACUCGUAGAGGAAAGUCUGAAGAAGAAGCUUGUCAAUGCGAGUUUACGAAUUGAUGGUAGCGUGUUUCUAGACUUAUAG